UUUAACUAAACCCUAAUGUUACCCCCAAAUGAAAAUCCAAGUGAAAAUGUCUGAUAACAUUCCUUUCGAACUCCAAGUGGAAAUCAUCAAAAGGGUUCCUGUCAAAUCUUUGGUUCAAUUCAGAUCCGUUUCAAAGCAAUGGAAAUCGCUGAUCGAUAGCUCUGAAUUUAUCACUCAUCACACCCUCAAACAGUCUCAGCUGCAUCAUCUACUGGUAAGGUACACUAAACGUUCUGAGAUAAAAUAUAUUUCAAUUGUUGAUGAUGAUAGUUUUCCCCGACACAAGUUUUCUCCCACUGUUUCUCCGACUGCUAAGCUACUAACCCAUCCUCGAAUGAUCGCUUCCUCUCACGGAUUGGUGUGCUUAUGCGGUUUUGCUUAUGAUCUCAAGAAGCAUCUUAUUGUUGUUUGGAACCCAUCAAUUAGGAAAUCUGUUGAAAUUGAGCUGCCGAAUAAAUUGAAUGCUCUUGGUUUUGGGGUUUGUCCUAAAACUAUGGACCCUAAGAUUGUCAGGAUUACGCGUAGAACUAACGCUCAGGUUUAUACAUUAAGCUCUGGGGCUUGGAGACGCGUAUCAAUGAAUCUGCGUGUGCCGCCGGGGUUUACGUUUUGUUCUUAUCAGAAUUUGGAGUGAUAGAGCUUCAAGAUAGUAUUGAAGACCCUGAGCAUUUAUGCAUCUCUAAGCGUAAGGAGUCUCUUGUUGUGCUUAAUUACGAUAAAUCAGACGUAGCUUGCGUUGUAUGGAUGAUGACCAAAAAUGGUGAUCCAAAAUCCUUGCUUACAAAAUUAUUCACUGUGAGUUUUAACGCAUUUCAUGAUUCGGUAUAUCAUAAAAUUGUUGGAUUUAGGAAGAAUGGUGAACCGAUAAUUGAACGCCUAUGUAGUGGUGAUGGUGGUUUUCGAGUAACAACACUUGAAGUUUAUGAACCCUGCAUGGAAAAUAGCAAUGAUCUUUGGACUAAUACGCCCUUCAUGAUAAAGUGUGAUUCGUUCUUCAUGACGACCUCCUACACAGAAUCACUACUUCUGCUUAAUCACCCCGAUUCCAUCAUUCAUUGACGAUGAUCGUGUGAUACAUAGUAGCAGUAGAGUUAUUAGGAGGGUUUUUUUUUUUUCAUUUUAGUAGGCAUCUAGUUUCUCCAUAUUACUAGUGGUAGUUGUUUCCAUGUUGUUUGUUAUUUAAACUCAAAGUUUGAUGGAAUGAAAUGAUCAGAAAAUUGGCAAGAGGUA